AUGGACGAUUAUUUAGAUGAUCUGUGCACUUCCUCUUAUCUCGAUGACUACGAUGACUUGUUUAGCCAACAGGACCAAACACAACGUCAAUCCACCACCUCUGCACUGCUAAAUCAUCAUGUCGAUUCACAACAAGUGAUCGUGGAUGACUCCUUUUUCGACAUGUUCUCCUCGUCACAGCUACCUGCUCCCUCAAUGUCAAGUAAUAAUGAUGAUACUACUACCACCACCACUGCUAUGAUCGCUACAAAACGACCUGCCAUCAUGGAUGAUCCUCCUCACCAAAGUUCAAGCACCAACACGGGAACUCAACCAAAACCACGGGAGUCCGUUAUUGCAUCCAUUGAGGAAACCAUCUUGUCAGUGGUUCAACGUAUGGCACUUGGCAAGUCUUUGGAACUUCCAGGCUUUGGUCGACCCCAACCCAAUCGCACAAACAAGAAACAGAAAAAGACACGCGAUCAUGCAGCCCUGCAGCAGCAGCAACGGACCACCAGCUUGGAUCUUGAUACCAAUUCUUUGGAAGAAAUGCGAUCGACACAGCCAAGCUCAUCAUCGUCAAAUACUACUUCCUCCUCUUCAAAUGCAUCAUCAUCCACAGCAGCAACAUCAUCAUCAUCAACGACAAGAGCAUUGACGCUUAACAGUGCAGCAUCAGCAAAAACGUUUGCACGCUAUCUAAGGGUCUUGGAGAUCAUCCAUGAAGCACUCGUAACAAGCGUGGUGGUAUCAAAACGUGACAUCUAUUACAGAGACAUUGCAUUGUUUGGAACACAAAGCGUGGUGGAUAAGAUCGUAGAUGAUCUUUCAUGCUUCUACAAUGUUCCUCGAUCCAAUCUCAACGUGACAGCAGCAUCCAAAGGUCUUGUAUUUGGCCCGGCAAAAAUCACGCUCAAGAAUGGCAAAGUCAUCGAUUGCUCUACACGUGGUGGUGAUGGUGAAAUGAAUCAGGACUUGGACACGGAUGAUCAGGGAGUCUUGAUCCCACCCGCGAAUCACGUGGCACAUAUGGAAUGGGAAGCUGAUUUCUUAUUGAUCAUUGAAAAAGAGGCAAGCUUUCGACAUUUGGUGGCAUCUGGUUUCAGCACCAUGUUCCCCACAGCGAUGCUUAUCACGGACCUUGCUACUCGUCAUAUGGUCAAAUACAUGUCAGCCCAAGAUCGAACGCUUCCAAUUAUUGCACUUGUGGAUUGUGAUCCCUAUGGUUUGGAUAUUUACAGCGUGUACAAAUGGGGAAGUCAAGCGCAAGCUUUUGAUUCACCCAACUUGGCUGUUCCAAGCAUCCAAUUUCUUGGCUUGAGCAUGCAAGAUCGAUCGAGAUUUGGUAUUCCUCAUUCAGCCUAUGCCCCGCUGACUGUACGUGAUCGUCGCAAGGCCAUGUUGCUACUCCAGAAUUCAACCAACCAUGCUUCAUCAUCAUCAACAGAGGGUUCUUCACAAGAUCAUCAACAAUUUGUGAACCUGCUAUCCUCCAUGGUGCACAUGGACAAGAAGUGCGAGUUGCAAGGCCUUUGCGCCAACCAUGAAUUUGGCAUGUUGAAGCUGUUGCAAGCUAAGCUUGUCCAUUUUAUACUUGAAGCAUGA